GAGGGCGACAGACACGGAGUCAAAAGGGGGUGGGAGAGCAACUGACAGGCUGAGUGAGAACGGGGAAGACUGGGCAGCGGAGGAGGCAGCCAGGAACCCAGGACUGGGAAGCCCGUGAAAUUCCAGAGAGGAGGACCCGGGAGAAGAAGUCCUGGUGGCCAUCUCUUGCUGAGCCAGGAUGGGUGACUGGAGCUUCCUGGGAGAGUUCCUGGAGGAAGUACACAAGCACUCUACAGUGAUCGGCAAGGUCUGGCUCACCGUCCUCUUCAUAUUCCGCAUGCUGGUGCUGGGCACGGCUGCCGAGUCAUCCUGGGGGGAUGAGCAGGCAGAUUUCCAAUGUGAUACCAUGCAGCCUGGCUGCGGGAACGUCUGCUAUGACCAAGCCUUUCCCAUCUCUCACAUCCGCUACUGGGUGCUGCAGAUCAUCUUCGUGUCCACACCAUCACUGGUGUACAUGGGCCAUGCCAUGCACACGGUGCGCAUGCAGGAGAAGCGGAAGAUGCGGGAGGCUGAGAGGGCCAAAGGGGUCCGGGGCACUGGCUCUUAUGAGUACGCAGUGGCCGAGAAGGCAGAGCUGUCCUGCUGGGAAGAAGUGAAUGGAAGGAUUGUCCUCCAGGGCACUCUGCUCAACACCUAUGUCUGCAGCAUCCUGAUCCGCACGACCAUGGAGGUGGCCUUCAUUGUGGGCCAGUACUUCCUCUACGGGAUCUUCCUGGACACCCUGCAUGUCUGCCGCAGGAGUCCCUGCCCCCACCCCGUCAACUGUUACGUAUCCCGGCCCACAGAGAAGAAUGUCUUCAUCGUCUUUAUGCUGGCUGUGGCUGCACUGUCCCUCUUCCUCAGCCUGGCUGAGCUCUACCACCUGGGCUGGAAGAAGAUCAGACAGCGCUUUGUCAAGUCUAGGCAGGACAUGGCUGAGUGUCAGCUUCCUGGCCCCUCGGCCGGCAUAGUCCAGAACUGCACACCACCUCCUGACUUCAAUCAGUGCCUGGAGAAUGGCCCUGGGGGGAAAUUCUUCAAUCCCUUCAGUAACAAGAUGGCUUCCCAGCAGAACACCGACAACCUGGCCACUGAGCAAGUACAAGGCCAGGAGCCAAUUCCUGGGGAGGGUUUCAUUCACAUCCGUUAUGCCCAGAAGCCUGAGGUACCCAAUGGAGCCUCCCCAGGUCACCGCCUGCCCCAAGGCUAUCAGGGCGACAAGCGCCGCCUCAGCAAGGCCAGCAGCAAGGCCAGGUCAGAUGACCUAUCAGUGUGACCCUCUAGUGGGGGGGAACCAGGACCAGGUGGGAACCGAGGAAGCUCAGAGAGGGAAGAUGUGUCCCUGCCGACCCCAUCUCUCAUUUUCAUACCUGCUCUGCUCCUUUUGGGCUUCAGGUCUCAAUGGCAUUGCUCAUUUAUUCCAGAAGGUAGGACCAGGGCUCUGGGAGUGCAGGCAGCACAUGGCUACCCAUCCAGGCUGCCGUCCCUUCCCAUCCUCUACAGUGUACACAGAAGGCUUUCAGAUUCCUCAGUCAACAGGGUAGAGGAAGAAAAGGAAACAGUGGUAAAUCUAGCCUGGAAUGGAUAGCCAGAAGGAUAGAAUGGCUCUCUACAUACCAGCCACAUACCAGAUGGGUUCUCCAAGUUCCUGUGGCUUCCUUGACCUGAUCACCCUUCUUGCAAGGAAGAGCCCAAAGUUCCCAGCCAAUAAAGAACAUCAAUCAAGGACCUUACAUUAGAUGUGCUCUUGAAUCUGUUGUCUCCCCUGGGUCAAACCUUGGAGUGAGGCGGCCUUGGGCUGCCCUUGGCUGCCCUCCCUCUACCCAGUCUUACUUAAAAAGAGGUCCUUGGAACUUGACCAGCAGCCUCAACUUUACAAGUGCUUUGGUAUGUACCUCUGGCAAAUGUCCCACCUUAGUGAUGCUGCAACCUUUACUUCUGCCAGGGUGACAACUAGCCCAUGGGGGUGCAAGCUCCCCCAGGGAGUGACUGUAUACACAGGCUCCACUGGAAUCCCUGCCACCACCUGUCAUCCUGCGGCUCUUUUACAGCUCAACCCGAUGAUAGAAACCAUCCCAUCCCUUCCUCCCUUGGCUGUUCACCCAGUGCUCCCCUAAAGACCUUAUCGACCAGAGUGCCCAAGAAGCCGUCAUCCUCUCUCAGAUCCUGACCAGAUCACCAGCCACGAAGGCCAUUGGAAUUUCCCUAGGUCUUAUUAAAACAAAGAGGGCAUUGUGCUUCUCAGAUUCCCUUUGGGAAAAAAUAAUUCUGCUGUGAAGAUAAAAAUAAAAAAAAAAGAGAAAAUACUGGAAAA